UCGGACCCUUGCUCAGAUGAUGCGUGAUAUUGCGUCCCGGCCAGCAGACUCUGCUAUGUCUUCAUCAUCAGAGGAGUCUGGAGCAGCAUCACCAUUAGCUCCAGAGGCUCCAGCUCCCGCGCCUCCAGCUCCUCAGCCAGGGGCGGAGGAUAGGACAUUGAGGGAGGCCGUACAGUUGUUGACUACUUUGGUAGCGGGACAGGUUCGCAGACGCGGACAGAGAGAUGAUGAUGAUGAUGACAGGCGUGAUAGCCUGAGGGUUCGUGACUUUUUGACAUGCCGUCCCCCAGAGUUUUACGGAUCUAAGCCCGAGGAGGACCCCCACGACUUCAUUCGGGGAGUGCGGCGCUCAUUGGAUUUGGUCAGGGCUUCAGAGACCGAGUCCGUUGAGUUAGCCUCACACAGAUUACGAGAUGUUGCUGCCAAUUGGUAUGAGUCUUGGGAGCUGUCCAGAGGUGAGGGGGCUUCCCCAGCUACUUGGGAUGAGUUUGUGACUGCUUUUCUCCGCCACUUUCUGCCCCCGGAGUUACGGCGGGCACGGGUUGAUAAAUUUUUACAGUUGCGGCAGAACGGCCGGAGUGUUCGCGAGUAUAACCUGGAGUUUGAUUCUUUGGCUCGAUAUGCCCCUGCUAUAGUAGCGGAUAUGGCUGACCGUAUGCACCGGUAUGUGAUAGGAUUGGACCGCUACUUGAUUGACGGUUGCAUGGCGAUGGCGUCACAGACAGAUAUGGAUAUCGCCCGGUUACAAGCCCAUGCCCAGGGUAUGGAGGACCGAUACAGGGCCGAUUAUGCUGGUAGGGAUCAAUCGGGUAGAGAUCGUGAUAGGAGACCGCCCAAGCGGGCCAGGUCAGCUGGGUAUUCUGGUGAGUUUCGGGGCGGGCAGCCCCAACAACAGCAUAAUAGCUACCCUUCUCAGCCGGCACGGAGUGAACCUCCACGAUUCACUGGUAGGAGGUUUGAUAGCACAGGGUAUUCAGAAGCUGGUCAAAGCUCCAUGACUUCAGGUUUCCAGAUGCACAAGGAUUCAGGCCAGACGAGGCCAUCUAUACCACAGUGCCCUCGAUGUGGCAGGCGCCAUCUGGGGGAAUGCCGCCGCAUUACUGGUGCUUGUUUCUCUUGCGGCCGUCAAGGCCAUACCAUGAGGGAGUGUCGAUUUGGGGGUGGUGCAGAUGGUGCAGCUCAGCCUACGGGGUCAGUUGCUGGUUCUUCUUCUUCAGUUGCCAUGCGUCCUAUGGGACAAGGUAUUCCGACACCAGCAGGCCGUGGCAGAGGCCGUGGAGGGGCUUCUAGUUCUGGCGGUCCUUCAAACCGCUUAUAUGCUUUAGCUAGCAGACAGGAUCAGGAAGCGUCGCCGAAUGUUGUUACAGGUACAGACGCUCGUUUCGGAGAUCCGCCAGCUUAGGACACUAUUUCAGCUAUUUUGGACUGCUCCUUUGUUCCGGAGCUAGCUUGUGGUAUAACUCCCUUAUGUUGUAUUCGUAGGUGUUUAUUUGGGUAUGGCGGGGCCCUGUCCUGCCACAUAAUACGGUCAUUACUCUUAGAGGUCUGUGGACAUCGGUGUGGGUCUGUUUGUAGUUGUUGAUGCGUUUUAUGUCUAUGACUUAUGUUUGGGGCGUACCCAUUCGUAAUGGCAGCCUUGUCGGCUCGCACAUGUAUAUGUUGUUCUGUUGGCCCUGUGUGGCCUUUGUUGGAAUUUGCUGUGUACAGGGUUAUUUUGGAUAGUCCGAAAAACAAAGGAAA